UUCAACUUCACCUGCUUCCUUAGCUUCCUUCAAUUCAUUGUUGAUACCACAUCAUGGCCGAUGAUGGAAAAGCUGGCGCAUCCUCGUCGUCUUUGUCGCCGGCCCCGUGGUUGUGGGCGACGUCAUCCUCAUCAGAAGGAGGCAUGUACGAUGUUUUUCUGAACUUUAGAGGCGAGGACACAAGGUUCUUAUUCACAGAUUAUCUCUAUCAUGGACUGGCCGAUGUAAAAAAACUGGAAGUGUUCAGGGAUGAUCCGGGUCUGGAACUAGGUGACGAAAUUAAACCUACUCUGAUGGAAGCCAUUAAAAGAUCUAGGAUUCAUAUUGUUGUGAUGAGUGAAAACUAUGUAUCUUCCUCAUGGUGCCUCCUGGAACUAGAACAGAUGCUCAAGUACUCCAACAAUGGAACAAAACGCCCGGUUUUCCCAGUUUUUUAUCACGUGACGCCCGCAGAAGUGAGAUAUCAGAUUAACACCAAAUCUAAGGAAGCCAUGGAGAAACAUGAAAAGAGAGAAGGCAAAGACAAGGCGGAAGCGUGGAAGUUGGCUUUAUCUACCGUUUGCGGGCUAAGCGGACAACACAUUCAAGAGAAGCAUCAAGAGAAGUAUGAAACCGAGGUCAUUGGCAAGAUUGCUGAACAAGUCUCUGCAAAACUUCUAGAGAUCAAGCAACAAUUAAAUAGAUUUGAUUCUCAAUUUGAAGUGGUCGAAUCACUUUUGAACCUUGAAUCUUGUGACACUGUACGUGUGGUGGGAAUUUAUGAAGAUCAAGGAGGAAAAAGUUACAUAACAACAUUUGCAUUUGAGCUAUACUAUAAGAUCAAAGAUGAGUUCAGAGCGGCAAGUUUUGUUGUUGAUGUUGGCAAACAUUUAAUGAGAAACACCGCUGAUGAUGGCUUGGAAUAUCUUAAAAAGGAGCUUCUUUCCGAUAUGGUUGUAGAGACCAAGCAGGAGUUGCAGCAUAAAAGAGUGCUUCUGGUUCUGGAAGGGGUUGAUAGUGAAGAGCAGUUGGAGUUGCUAGAGGGAAUGAGAAUAGUUGAUUGGUUUGGUCCUGGUAGUAGGAUCAUCAUAACAACAGAAAACAAAGAUCUCUUUCAGAAUUAUUCUCCUGUAAUGAAUGGUGUUGAGCUUGAGACACAUUGCAUUCGUGAAGGUGAAAUGGUUGGCAGCAAUUGGAUAGUGAAGGAAAAGCAUGUAGUGGGAUUUGUAAAAGAUUUCAUCGAUGUAAUUAAUCAAUUGAGGGAAGAAGAUUCAAAGAGGAGGAAUGUUGUUUCCAUUGUUGGUAUGGGUGGGUCAGGAAAGACUACUCUUGCCCAAAAGAUCUAUGAUAGCAAAGUGGUGAGGGAGGUAUUCCCUUUGCGUGCUUGGGCAACUGUUUCCAAAGAUUACAGAGAAAAGGAAGUUUUCUCAAGCCUUUUUCGUUGUCUAAUGCCAUCUAAGCCUAUACCUGAAAACGAACAAGAGUUGAAGUCCAAGGUGAGAAGAUGUUUGAAUGAGAAAAGGAGAAAGUACUUGGUAAUACUCGAUGAUGUGUGGGACAUUCAAGUGUGGGACAAGCUGAAGGAUUAUGUUCUCCCAAAUAAGAACAAUGGGAGCAGGAUAUUGGUGACUACACGAAAUGAUCAGGUGGCAAACUAUGCAAGGUCAAAGGAGCCCCACCACAAACUUCUCCUCUUGAAUGAAGAAGAAUGUUGGGAAUUGAUUUACAACGAGGUGUUUGGUGGAGAAGAGUGUCCUCCUGAUUUAGAGCCUAUUGGUAAAUCAAUUGCUGAUGGUUGCAAGGGUUUACCAUUGGCUAUCAAAACUACAGCCGGGAUUGUAGCAAAGAGGGAGAGAUCAGAGGAUGAAUGGAAAAAAAUCAAGAAUCUGCUCCCUCAUUGGUGUGUUGCUGAAGACAAGGAAGGUAAGAAGAUGAUGGAGAUAUUGAAGCUUAGCUAUGAUGAUCUGUCUGAGAAAAUGAAGCCAUGCUUCUUAUAUCUUGGGGUGUUUCCUGAAGAUGUAGAGAUUCGGGUGAGAGACUUAAUCGAAGUAUGGAUAGCAGAAAGGUUGAUAGAGCCAAUCCAGAGUGGAAGAUCAAAAGUAGCACCAGAACCUGAUGAUAUUGGUGAGCAAUACUUGAAGGAACUAGUGGAUCGUAACUUGGUACAAGUGGCCAGUAGGAGGAGUGACGGGAAAGGCGUCAAAACGUGUAAGAUCCAUGAUCUCAUUCGGGAGUUGUGUAUUUCAGAGAGUAACAGUAACAAUGCUCGUAGGUUGUCCUUUCCAAGGGAUAUAGGAUCCUAUGCAUGUUCAGUAACAUGUCAUCAAUCAUGCACUUAUUCCUUGUUCAUUUAUGGAGAUGCCAAGGGGUGGUCACAUCAUAUUCCACAAGACUGUCGAGUUAAUGUGCUAUAUAUUAUGGGAUGGAUUGUUGAUCUAACUAGUGAAAAGAAUGUUGAGAAUUUGAAGGAGUUGAAAAGUGUCAAGUUCUUGAAAAUAGAUCGUUUUUACCCAAAUGGGCUAAGUAAGCUUGAGAGCAUACAAACAUUACAUAUAAUGGGCGAUGUAACUCCCAGGGACCUAAGUAUUAUUGAGGGGUUAAAGCAACUGAGACAUUUUCGAGGAGUUGAAGUGUGUUUAUUAGUAGAUAAAGAUGGGGUAAAAAACAAAAUGCACAAUCUCCAAACCCUACUUUAUGUGCAUGUUGAUUCACGACUAGGGUUCUUACUCAACAAUGACUACUUUCCCAACUUAAGAACACUAGGUGUAUCUGUAACUGAAGAAGAAAGACAUUCAGCAGAAAAAACUUUUAGUAGUUUACACUGCCUAAGCAAUCUACAGAAACUGAAAUUGGAGCUCCCGAUCUCUGAAUCAUUUCCAAUUCCAGUUGAUAAAAUUGCAUUUCCGUCAAAUCUUAGCAAGCUUACCAUCUCAUAUUUUGAUGGUUUGAAGUCCCAAGACAUGAAUGCAUUGGCACAAAUUCCCGGCCUUAAGAUUUUAAAAUUCAAUGAUGUUAGUUGUAUCGAAAAAAUCCUUAAUUGUGGUACUGAUAGGAGCUUUCUGCAGCUUCAAGUGUUUAUCAUGAUACGUGUGCGUGUCAAAUGUCUUACCUUAAAAGAUGGUGCGAUGCCUUGCCUUCGCCGUGCGGUCUUCCAUGACUGCCCUGGCUUGGAGUUGAAGGACCUUCCUCAACAAAUGCGUUCCUUGGGUUGUAACUUGCAUUUUACGCCACAUGAUGAUGUCGAUGAAUUGAUGAUGAUUGAGUUCUCUAAGGCAUUCAGGCAUUAGAUGUCAAUGUAUUUUACUAAGACUCAUAUGCUAUCUAAUAUUGCACUACUUUUCUUUUCUUUCUUUUUUUUUUUAAUUUUGAAUGACACCUUUUAGUACUUUUAUUGUCAUAUUGUAAUUCCUCGAACACAUGUUUAUUGUGGUUCGCUUUUAUUUACGUUGUGCAUGCUCUGUUGAAGUUUUGAAUGACAUGUAAUUUCCUUUGUUAUAAAUAAAUAUGAGAUGAGUAUUUCAUA